CCAAAGGUUGGUGCAGGGUCGAAGAGACCAUCAACCAGGUCGCCUGACCAUGAAAGGGUCUCUGAGUCUCCAUCAUCUUUAGCCUGCCUAGGGCUGGACCAGUUUGGCGUUGCUAGAUAGUAGCUAGCUAGCAUCGGUUCAUAAGGAGGUGUGGAGGCCAAAGGAAGCUCAGCAACGACCAAGGAGACCUCAGACACCAAAGAAGAAGAAGAAGUGACGGGAAGGUGAAGAAGCUCAUCAAGAUCGCUGAUGGAAGACGGCAGGGCUCUGAGGAGGAUGUCUAUCCCUACCCGCAGAAGCAGAUCUGCCGAUUUCCACAAUUUUUCAGAAAGGAGGAGACGGGAUAAGAUAAAUGAGAAGCUGAAGGCACUGCAGGAGCUACUUCCAAACUGCACCAAGACGGACAAGGUGUCAAUGCUAGAUGAAGCCAUCGACUACCUGAAAUCGCUCCAGCUGCAACUCCAGAUGCUGGUGAUGGGGAAGGGGAUGGCGCCCGUGGUGCCUCCGGAGCUGCAGCAGUACAUGCACUACAUCACCACGGAUCCCGCUGCCCAGUUGAUGCAGAUACCUCCCUCCGAGCCGCCGCGGCCGUUCCAGAUCACGCACGCCAACCCGCCGCAGCAGGAGUCGGAUUUCCUCAGCCAGAUGCAGAACCACCUGCACCCCUCCGACCAGCCUCAGAUCAACUUCCUCAGGCCGCCAAAACUGCAGCUCUACACCCCGUUUUCAACGAUGCAUGCAUGACAUGACUGGCUGGUGAGAGGAAUCAAUGUAUUCAUCGAUCCGUAAUUCAUGCACGCAGGAGCAGAGGGGAGGGAUAGGCAGCAGCAGCGGCCACAACGGCGGCUGGAUCCCGGAGAGGAGUUCCUCCUACAACUUUAUGGAGUGAUCGAUGAAGUGCGUGAGACACUGAUGAAGAGAUCAACCGUAACCAGUUUGCUAGUCCGAGAGAUGCAUGGUUUCUCGUCCCAGAGAGGUACCCAAGGGAGUGUUGAUCGUAUGUGAUGUAGUUAACUUGCUAGUUGUGUUUAAUUUCGUCAAAUAAAAGAGCUGUGUGAUCUUGCUUGCUUCGACAUC